AUGGAAGUUGAGAAGGACAAGGAAGAUGAUACCGAUUACUCAUCAGGUGACCUUUUCUUAAACAAGACCUACGUACAAAAGACAUUAGAAUGUAGUGGAUGUACAAUCAAUGUAAAGAUGCUUGAUACAGCUUCAACUGACUAUGAUUUAACAGGUCAGAUUAUAUGGCCAGCAGCCAAAUUAUUAACACAAUACAUUGUAUCAAAGAGAGAAGAGUAUCAGAAUGGAUCGAUUCUAGAGGUUGGAUCGGGUGUUGGUAUAUGUGGAUUGUUUGUGGCACGAGUCAACCCUAAUAGUGUGGUGAGUGACAACAAUGAUAUUGUAAUGGAGUUGUUGGAAGAGAAUGCUCAACUAUCACGUACCGAUGGAUACCCAUGUCAAGCUGUUAAAUUGGAAUGGGGUGAUAUGGCAAAUAUCGAAUCGGUCAAGAAACAAUACGGUACAUUUGACACUAUAUUGGGUGCCGAUGUAGUCUAUUGGCGUACAAGUAUCAUCCCUCUCUUUUUAACCAUUCAACAAUUACUCACCGAUUCUUCAUCGGCUUCCUAUAUCCUAUGUUAUCAAUCAAGAUCCUCUCAAACUGACACCUACCUACUUGAACAAGCUUCAUUACAUGGUUUCAACUAUGAAUUCAUUGAUCAUCAAUCUUUUUUUAAUAAUAAUAAUAAUCAUACUUUAAAUCUUUUAAAAUCAAAUGACAAUGAUAACAAUCAAAAUGGAAAUGAAGGAAAUAACAAUAAUACUAAUAAUCAACAAGAAGAAGAAAUGGAAAAGGAAAAAGAAACAAAAUCAAAUUCAUAUUCAAUCAAAGAUGAAUAUUUAUUAUCAAUUAUGAAAUUAAUUGUAUUUAAAAGAAAGAAUGAAGAUAGUGGAGAUGGAGUAGGAGUAGGAGUAGUAGGAGUAGUAGUAGAAUAA